UAAAUAUACUUCAAAUUAAAGAAAUAAACCUAUCUUUAUUAUAUUUUCAUUUUCUCUCCAUAGCUUAACUAAAAAUGAAGGUGAAAAUUGAGAGUACAAGAACAAUCAAGCCAACUUAUGAAGGCAUUUUUCCUCCUGAUCAAACCCUACAUUUCAGUCCUCUGAGUGUGUUUGAUAAGGUAACCUAUAAUUCCCAUAUAGCUAUUAUUUACGCUUAUCGUCCUCCAACGCCGCCAAAUGCAACGAUUGAAUAUGGCCUUAAAAGGGCGUUGUCGGAAUAUAGAGAGUGGGCCGGAAGAUUAGGCGAAAAUGAGAAAGGCGAUCCUGUCAUUCUGUUGAAUGAUAAAGGAGUGAAAUUCGUCGAAGCAUUCGUCGAUAGUAAGCUCGAUCACGUCAUGCCAUUGAAACCAUCUCCAAUUUUACUUAGUCUUCAUCCUAGCUUGAAGAAUGUGGAGGAACUAGUGCAAGUUCAGCUCACUAGGUUCACUUGUGGCUCGUUGGUCGUUGGGUUCACUGCGCAUCAUUUAGUAGCGGACGGUCAGUCCACGAGCAAUUUCUUAGUUGCUUGGGGGCAAGCUAGCCGAGGGAUCGACAUGAAUCCACUCCCUUUUCAUGAUCGAACCAUUUUUCACCCCAGAAAAACCCCUCAUUUUGAAUUCGAGCAUAGAGGAGUCGAAUAUAAAAGCAAAAAGAUGAUCAAAGAUUGUUCUAUCAAUGCAGAUCAUAACUAUGUGGAUGAUGACAAUAUUAUUGUCCACAAAGUUCAUUUCACAUUGGAUUUUCUUUCCAAGAUUAAAGCCAGGGCUUCUAGUUUUAACAAAAAUUGUAAACCCUACAGUACUUUCGAAAGCUUGGUCGCUCAUCUAUGGCGAGUGAUAACAAAAGCUCGCGGACUCGGAGGAUUCGAGACAACCCAUGUUAGGAUCUCAGUGAAUGGAAGAAUGAGAAUGAAUCCAAGAAUACCUAAUGAAUAUUUUGGAAACUUGGUGCUAUGGGCAUUUCCAAGUUCUAGGGUUAAGGAUUUACUAAGAGAGCCAUUGCCUUACGCAACUAAGGUAAUUCAUGAUGCCAUUACAAAUGUUGAUAACAACUAUUUCAAAUCAUUCAUUGAUUUUGCAAAUCAUAAGGUAAAGAACGAAGAUCUGGUACCGACCGCGGAGAUGAAUAAAUCCGCAUUAUGCCCUAAUUUGGAAGUUGAUAGCUGGCUAAGAUUUCCAUUUUAUGAUUUGGAUUUUGGAGGUGGGAGUCCUUAUAUUUUCAUGCCAUCUCAUUUUCCAACUGAGGGAAUGAUGUUCCUGUUGCCUUCAUUUAUUGGAGAUGGGAGUAUUGAUGCCUUCAUACCUAUUUUUGAAGACAAUUUAGCUACCUUCAAGCAAUUUGUCUAUUCAUUAGACUAAAUAAAUUUUUAUUAUUUUAUUUAUAUAUUAUAUCAAUCAAGUUGUUCAUGACUUGCAUGUCGCCAAAAAGUUCCAAUCAUUUGGACUUCAGAAUGUUCUUGGUUGAUCUUGAGAAAAUUUAUGUGAUGAGAUAAUGCAUACUGUAUUGAUGAUUA